GGAAGCAGAAGGUGUAAGAGUCGACGAUGAAGAUUGGGAGAUUGCAGAAAAGGAUUUCACAAAGCAGUAUAAUAGGCUUCGUAUCUACAACGAACUAGCAUCAGGUCAACCACAAAAAGCUACUAGUAACAACGCCAAAGGCACACUCCUCCCCGCCAUCAACCGACCCAAACAACCCAAGCGAUCCACACAACAACAACAAGAAGCGACAGAAAAGAGAAAAGAGUUGGAUAAGAGGGUAUCAGACCAGCUGACCGCUCUAUCCAAAUACUCGUCUCGUAUCGCCAACAUUGACGUUCCCUACUCUCGUCCCGACGACCCCACAACUACAACCAACACAACUACGAAUGCGGGUGGAGAAGGAUUCGUCCUUGGGGUCAGCGUGAAUCGUAAAGGCCCGAGUGCGGUGGCGAACCAAAAAGACAAGGCGGACCGAGCGACGACCGAGCAAGUCCUGGAUCCACGUACGCGGAUUAUCCUGUUCAAGAUGAUUGGGAGGGAGCUGGUCAAAGAGAUCAACGGGUGCGUCAGCACCGAUGGUACGGUUGUGGGCGGAAAAAGAGAUGAGGAAUUUAAAGAGGCUAAAGGGUGCGGGGGUGAGGUGUCCAGAGGCGGUGGAGGUGAGGGAGAACGUGUUGGUCAUGGAUUUCCUAGGCCGUCACCGAGAUUAAAAGAUGCAGAUGUGCCGGUGGAGAGGUUCCCCGCUCUGUACCACGACUUGAUGGUGACGACGCGGACGAUAUACCAACAGUGUAAACUGGUACAUGCCGACUUGAGCGAGUACAAUAUCCUCUUUCACAAUGACGCUCUAUGGAUCAUUGAUGUCUCUCAGUCGGUAGAGCACGACCACCCGUCCGCAUUCGAGUUUUUGAGGAUGGAUUUGAAGAAUGUGGGAGAAGUGUUGGGUGGGGAGCCAAGCGAGGUGUUGACCAAGUGGAUUGAUGAGGAGGAGGUGGGAGAGGACGAAGGGGGCGACGAGGAAGAGAGGACCCGACUGGAAGAGGAAGCCGCGGCCACCCAAGCGACUGAAGAGUCUGUCUUUCUAUCGAGUUUCAUCCCUCGCAGCCUUGGCGAAGUGCUGGAUCCCGAAAAGAACUAUGCGAGCGGGCAAGCGGGGACGGCUGAUAAAUUGGUCGCCAAAUCCAAACGUGUAGACAAAGCGCCGACGAGUCCGUCCAAGAAUGUUCGAUUUACGGGUGUACCGAGACAAGAGGACGAGUCAGAGAGUGAAGAGGAGGAUGAGGAGGAUGAGAAGGACGAGUUUGUGGACAAGAAGCCGAGGGGGCACCGGCAUGAAGACAAGGACGCCAAAAAGGAAAGGAAAAAGGCAGUCAAAGAAGAACAACGCGAGAAACGCAAGACGAAAAUGCCCAAAGCCGACAAGAAAAAGGCGAUCAAGAAGAGCAGAGGGGGACCUACGUCGCCCACACCCGUCACCGAUCCAACGGGCACAGGGGGCGAGAAUACGGUGACUGCAACUCCUAAUGCUACCACUCACGACAUAGCUGAGAAAAAGGACGAAAAGGCCAGCGCCAAGGAGGAGAACGUCAAGACUGAAGCGCCCACGGACGAGGAAGAAAAGGACGUGGAAAAAGGGAAAGCGCUCGUCUCCCCGAUUAACGAAUCCGAUCUCCUUUCUGGAAAACGACUGGCGGUAGUGUGGUCGGCGUUUUUGCUGUACGUGGAUUUUGAGCGCUCGACCGACGUGACUCGAAAAACUAACUGA